GCUGUGGCUCCAGUCCUUCCUGGAGGGCCGUUCCCAGUUGGUGAAGCUGUGGGACACCUGCUCGGACCCCUGGCCUUUGACCUGUGGGGUCCCGCAAGGGUCUAUUCUAUCCCCCAUGCUAUUCAACAUCUACAUGAAACCGCUGGGAGAUGUCAUCCGGAGUUUUGGAGGGCGUUGCCAUCUCUACGCAGAUGACACGCAAAUCCACUACUCGUUCCCAUCUGACUCCAAGGAAGCCCCUCGGAUGCUGAACCAGUGCCUGGCCGUUGUGGCGGACUGAAUGAGGAGGAACAAGCUGAGGAUCAAUCCUGACAAGACAGAGGCCCUCCUGGUCAGUCGCGCGUCGGAUCGGGGUAUUGGGGGGCAACCUGUGCUGGAUGGGGUCGCACUCCCCCUGAAAUCACAGGUCCGCAGUUUGGGGGUCCUCCUGGACUCCGCGCUGACGCUUGAGGCGCAGGUGUCGGCGGUGGCCGGGAGGGCCUUCGCACAACUCAAGCUUGUGCGCCAUACCUCGUGAAGUCUGACUUGACCACGGUGGUGCAUGCCUUAGUUACCGCUAGACUGGACUACUGUAAUGCGCUCUACGUGGGGCUUCCCUUGAAGACGGCCCGGAAACUACAAUUGGCCCAGCGCUCGGCUGCCAGGUUAAUUACGGGGGCGAGUUACAGGGAGAGAUCUACUCCCCUGUUCAAGGAGCUCCACUGGCUGCCUUUUAUUUUCCAGUCCCAAUUCAAGGUGUAUACCAUCACAUAUAAAGCCCUAAACGGUUUGGGACCCACCUACCUUCGUGACCAUAUCUCCUAUCACAAGCCUACACGAUCCCUUCAUUCAUCAGGGGAAGCUCUCCUGUCCCCACUCCCGAUAUCCCAGGCCCGCCUUGUGGGAACAAGGAAGAGGGCCUUUUCUGCUGUGCCCCCCCCCCCCCCGAUUGUGGAAUUCUCUGCCUGCGGAGAUUAGGCAAGCCCCCACACUAGCAGCCUUCAAGAAAGACUUGAAAACAUGGCUCUUUCGCUGCGCUUUUGGAGAGUAACCAUUUUAUAUUUCUUUUCCGUUACUCCCCUAAUAUCUAUCCUCCAGAAUACCCCACUCCCUUAUGACCCUGUUCGCUGUGGUUUUUAUUUUUAUGUCUUUCUCACCCCGAGUUUUAACUUAAUGUUCAUGUGGUCUGCCCUUGUUUUUAUUGUCUCCUUGUUUUAUUUUGUAAUGGAUAUUAUUUACUGUAUUGUUUAUUGUAUUGUGUUCUGCUGUUCUUUUAUAUGCUGUUUACAUUGUAUUGUUUUGGGCGUGGCCCCAUGUAAGCCGCCCCGAGUCCCCGUUGGGGAGAUGGUGGCGGGGUAUAAAUAAAGUUUUAUUAUUAUUAUUAUUAUUAUUAUUAUUAUUAUUAUUAUUAUUAUUUGUUCUUUUCCCAGAUACAAAAAAGCAUAGCUUUUCCUGUUACUGACAAGCAUAUAAUGUUGUAAAUUUCUGAACCCCAACAUUAGUUAUAUGGCAGUUCCAUUAACUAGAACUGAAAUGUAUUUCUUUCUAUUAAAAAUGAAAUGUCUUUCUGCAGUCGAGAAAAAUAAGCAUUAGAGCCACAAAAUUUUAUAAUUGUGUUAAUCAGCUACAGUUUUAUUAACAAGCAAAGGAUUGCAACAAAUGUUGGCUGGUAAAAGCAAUAGGGCUCAGAUUUCUUGUUUUCACAGGAGGAAAAGGCAUCCUUUUCUGAACUCACUGUCUGGUGAAGAUCCUCAGGAUGAGAACAAAAUUGGCAUUGACGGAAUUCAACAGUUUUGUGAUGAUUUAAGUCUAGACCCUGCUAGCAUCAGUGUUUUGGUCAUAGCAUGGAAAUUUAGGGCAGCCACUCAAUGUGAAUUCAGUAAAAAGGAAUUUAUAGAUGGCAUGACAGAACUGGGGUGUGAUACCACAGACAAAUUAAAAGCUCUUUUGCCAAGACUGGAACAAGAAUUAAAGGAUCCAAUGAAGUUUAAAGAUUUUUAUCAGUUUACUUUUAACUUUGCUAAAAAUCCUGGACAAAAAGGUUUAGAUCUGGAAAUGGCAAUUGCAUAUUGGAAUUUAGUCUUAUCAGGAAGAUUUAAAUUUUUAGACCUUUGGAAUAAAUUUUUAUUGGAGCAUCAUAAAAGAUCUAUUCCCAAAGAUACUUGGAAUCUUCUUUUAGAUUUUGGAAAUAUGAUUGCAGAUGACAUGUCAAACUAUGAUGAAGAAGGAGCUUGGCCUGUUCUAAUAGAUGAUUUUGUGGAAUAUGCGCGGCCAGUAGUCACAGGAGGAAAACGUAAAGCAUCCUAACCAUAGACUCUUCUUAGUAGACUUAAAUCUGCAGUCUGAACUGCAUCAGGUAAUGAAGACAUUUUGGCCAAUAACUGUGCACACUGACACUGGUUUCGAAUGUCUUGGUGGGAUGCCACUGACAAAAUGGAAAUCACUACUUCUGCUUCAAGAAAAUGAUGGCUGACUAAUGGACACUGCAAGAUGAAAUUCAGAAGAUAACCCUCCGGCUGUUUGUAGGAUAUUGGCUUCAAUUAUUGUACUGGUUGUAUCAUAUAGGAUGUAGAUCUUGCAUGAUUUUAUACUUUGGAGAAGUUUUAACUAGAGGCCAUUUUAGUAAAGUUUUGACAGCACAGCAUGCCAUUCAGUUCAUGACCCAGGGUGAACACCAGCAGUUACAUAAUUACAACUGUAUUAUAUUGUACUUAUAUUAAAAGCAGUAUUUGUGGUAUAUAAAUUAAAUCCCUAAAUAAAAUGUGUGGUAUGUGGUAUUUUUAUACAAAUAUAAAACAUUGUUGAAAUAAUGCUGUAAAAAAUUUAUGGACAGAUCUCUUCAGCUUGGUGCCAAGAUUCUAGAUUUAUAGUGAGGCUGAUGAGAUCCACUAUUUAAAAGCUUGAUUUUUUCAUUUUAAAAGUGACCUGAACAAGUUGCAUCUGUACUUGAUCAGUAUGUAGCAACACAAUGCGUGUAUUGUGUAAACGUUAAUACAUUAAAUUCAGAAUUAACUUUGGUAUUUCAAUAUCAUAAUAUAAUAAUUGAAUCAAAUAUUGUAGGCAUAUUAUGAUCUAGCCCAUGUUAAGACCAUUUUACUUCCACUGAUUUCAGUAAAAUUGCAGUGUGUGUGUAUGUUUAAUUCUCCCAUAUGAAGUGUUCUAAAAAUGCUUAAUAGUGUAAUCUUACUUAGGUCUCUUCUGGGGUAAAAGCCAUUGUAUUCACUGGGCCUUACACUUAGGUCAGUGUGUAUUGAACCAUAGCUGAAUUGUACUUUGCAAAGUGGCUAGUUGAGAACUGAUGUUGCACUGUUAGAUUAGGGCUCACACAGGAGUUGCAAGUUGAUCUAAAAUGGGAUGCAGCAAUGGCAUCACAAAUAAAAAUCUAAAAAAGAAAACUAGUUGAUUCAAAGCAGAAUUGUUCGUCCUGAGCAGCAUGGGUGACCUUAGCCAAAAGUACCUUUUUCACACUUGCAUGCCUUCUAAAACUUCCUCUUCUGCAUAGUUGUCAACCAUUACAGGAGUUUUACUAUCCCUGAUCAUCCUAAAGGAAAACAAAUAGAGAAUGUGAGCAAAAGAAUAAACUUGCAUUGGUCUCCA